AUGUCUCUUAUCUCACGUUCCUUUGUGUUUGCACAUCAGUCCUUGUUAGUUUUAGUCCCUGCUACACUUGUCUUACAUCUUGUCGAAAGCUUUGAUGAGGACAGGCAAAGUGAAUUUGGCUCGAAAUUCAUCCAUAGGCAGUUGAUGGAUGAUAAUUCAUUUGAGAUUGGGCUAGCCGACAUUGUCGCAUCUUGUGAAAAUGAGAUUUUUAUUUUUCGAUGUCCUCUCAGAAUGAGAAAAAGAUUAUUAUUUAUAAUCCGAUGGUUUAAAAGUUUAGGCAUAAAUAUAAUCAACUUAUUAAUUUUUGGAGCAUUAAGACACACACCUAUAACAACAUAUAAGGAAAAUGAUUACAAAUUUUUAAUAAAUAAUAUGUUAAAAUCGACAAACAACCUUAAGUCUCUACAUCUAUGUUCCAACGUUCUGAUAUUAAGAAAAGCAUUCAAGCCCAGUGGCUGCAUUUCAGGUUUACUCACUACGCAAAUUAAAGCCAAAUGCCACAAAUUCUGCACCACGGCGUUCCAUAAUAAUGCCAAGAAGAAUCGACUUGAGCAGAUGGUUGCCCUUUACCUGACAAGUGGUAAAUGUUCCGCAUUUAGACAAAAUAUGACUACCAAUCCACCAACUGGUGACAACAACCUCAUUGAUGCAGCACAAGAUUCGUUUGUAAAACGCAGUGUACUUAUGGCAUUUUAUCCUCUAAAAAAGUGCACAUUGAUGUUAGCAAAUAAGAAAAUUAUUAACAGCAAGGCAAGUUAUGUUGAUGAGCUUCCAAUAUACCUUAGAAUCUACAAAAUUAGUGUAAACCAUCAUAGGAUUUUAUUUUGCAUGGUUAUCCUACGCGACUAUCUUUGUUUAGUCCCUUUACCUUCUCUGUAA